CAUUGUUUCCCUGUAAUGGACUGAUUUUGACCUGGGACACUGUGUGUAAUUAUCAGGUAGGAAAGAACCAGCAGCCUCUGGACCCUGUAGGCGUGUGACCCUGGUCUAGGGGAAAUGGGGCUAGGGGUUGGCCCAAUCCCAAUGCACUUGUGGAGAUCUGAGAAGAUUUGAUUGGCAUAAGAAAUAUGGUGAAACUUCCUCCUGGUCUAUCAGGCCAAAGUGGAGCUAUUGCCAUGUUACUUACAGUACACCUAUCAAAACAGAUCUCCACAAGUGUAUAGGGGCCAAUUUGGGAUUGGGUCAUUGUUUCUGGACAAAACCUACAUUUCAGGACCAUUAAGCAUGAAAUGCAGAGAAUCAAACUGCCGAUAGGUAGGUACCACAGUGAGAGGCAGUUCCUUCUCUUGCUAGAACAAAAGCGGUACCUGCUGCAUGCUGACCCGGUAGCGACGGACCUGCCGUUUCUACUUGUAGAAUCGCAAUGCUCGUCAGUGGCCAACAACUUUAAAACCUACCCCAACCAGGAACCGUGGCUAGAUGGCAGCAUUUGCACAACACUGAAAGCACGAACCACCGCAUUUAACUAUGGCAAGGUGACUGGGAAUAUGGCAGAACACAAACAGUAGUCAUUCCCUCUGUAAGGGAAUCAAACAGGCAAAACUUCAGUAUAGAAACAAAGUGGAGUCACAAUUCAACGGCUCAGACAGGAGAUGCAUGUGGCAGGGUCUACAGACAAUCAAGGACGACAAAAGAAAAACAAGCCACGUCGCGGACACUGACGUCUUGCUUCCGGACAAGCUAAACACGUUCUUUGCCCACUUUGAGGAUAACACAGCGCCACCGACGCAGCCCGCUACUGAGGGAUCUCCUCCGUGGCUGACGUGAGUAAGACAUUAACCCUCGCAAGGCUGCUAGCCCAGAUGUCAUCCCAAGCUGCAUCCUCAGAGCAUGCGCAGACCAGCUAACUGGUGUGUUUAUGGACAUAUUCAAUCUCCCUAUCCCAGUCUGCUGUCCCCACAUGCUUCAAGAUGGCCACCAUUGUUCCUGUACCUAAGAAUGCAAAGGUAACUGAACUAAAUGACUAUCGCCCCAUUGCAUUCACUUCUGUCGUCAUGAAGUGCUUUGAGAGACUAGUCAAGGAUCAUAUCACCUCCACCUUACCUGUCACCCUAGACCCACUUCAAUUUGCCUACCGCCCCCAUAGGUCCAUAGACGAUGCAAUCGCCAUCACACUGCCCUAGCCCAUCCGGACAAGAGGAAUAGCUAUAUAAGAAUGCUGUUCAUUUACUAUAGCUCAGCAUUCAACACCAUAACACCCUCCAAGCUCGAGGCCCUGGGUCUGAACCCCACCUUGUGCAUUUGGGUCGUGGACUUCCUGACGGGCUGCCCCCAGGUGGUGAAGGUAGGAAACAACACUUCCACUUUGCUGGUUCUCAACACUGGGGCCCCACAAGGGUACAUACUCAUCCCCCUCCUGUACUCUGUUCACCCAUGACUGCGUGGCCAAGCACACCUCCAAUUCAAUCAUCAAGUUUGCAGACGACACAACAGUAGUAUGCUUGAUUACCAACAACGACGAGACAACUUACAGGGGGGAGGUGAGGGCACUCGGAGUGUGGUGCCAGGAAAAUAACCUCUCACUCAACGUAAACAAAGCAAAGGAUAUGAUUGUGGACUUCAGGAAACAGAUGAUCGAGCACCCCCUAUCCACAUUGACGGGACAGUGGAGAAAGUGGAAAGUUUUAAGUUCCUCGGCGUACACCUCACUGACACUGAAAUGGCUGAAGAGGCAUUGAAGCGCCUCUUCAACCACAGGAGGUCAGUACAGGUGAAUCGAAGCUGGGACCGAGCGACUGGGAAAAACAGCUUCUAUCUUUAUUAUUUUUUAUUUUUUUCACCUUAAUUUAACCAGGUAGGCAAGUUGAGAACAAGUUCUCAUUUACAAUUGCGACCUGGCCAAGAUAAAGCAAAGCAGUUCGACACAUACAACAACACAGAGUUACACAUGGAGUAAAACAAACAUACAGUAGAAACAAGUCUAUAUAUGAUGUGAGCAAAUGAGGUGAGAUAAGGGAGGUAAAGACAAAAAAAGGCCAUGGUGGCAAAGUAAAUACAAUAUAGCAAGUAAAACACUGGAAUGGUAGAUUUGCAGUGGAAGAAUGUGCUAAGUAGAAAUAAAAAAUAAUGGGGUGCAAAGGAGCAAAAUAAAUCAAAUAAAAUAAAUACAGUAGGGAAAGAGGUAGUUGUUUGGGAUAAAUUAUAGAUGGGCUAUGUACAGGUGCAGUAAUCUGUGAGCUGCUCUGACAGCUGGUUCUUAAAGCUAGUGAGGGAGAUAAGUGUUUCCAGUUUCCAGAGAUUUUUGUAGUUCGUUCCAGUCAUUGCCAGCAGAGAACUGGAAGGAGAGGCGGCCAAAGGAAGAAUUGGUUUUGGGGCUGACCAGAGAUAUACCUGCUGGAGCGCGUUCUACAGUGCUCUUCCAUUGCCUGCUCUGUGUCCAGAUCCUUCCGGUGCUGCCCUGACAAGGUGGCAUUGAAUGGCUGAAAGAAGGCUUUCUUCAGCUCCGGGAAGAAAAUGGCUGACACCACAGAAUCCAAGAGCUAAGACUCUCUCUUUUCCCCUUGUCUGCUUUGUUGAUUAUCUUGAGACUUGAUUUCCCCUUCCUUAAAUGUAUACGCCUACUAUGGCAAUGCAUGAUAUGAGCCGUGUCAAGGGUUUCCCCUGUAAAGAGUGUGAUAUGGUUUGCCCCAGUACCCCUAGUCUGUUAGAACACAUGAAGGCUCACUACCAGCAAGAAGAGAAUGGCAGGUUUGAGUGUGAGCAAUGUGGCCGCAUCUAUAAGCAUGCUGGUAGCCUGGCUAACCAUAAGAAAUCCCAUGAAGUUGGUUCCUUUCAGUGCCCAGUCUGCACCAGAACCCUGCCCAAUGCUGUGGCUCUGAAGAACCACCUCCGUAUCCACACACUAUCCCCAAGCAGUGCCCAGGCAGAGGAAGAUGGCGGUGACGAAGGUGCUGAAGACGGACAUGAUGAGAGGAACUAUGGUCUUGCACAGGACCUGUCUGAUGGCUUUGCCCGCAGUCACCUGAACAAUAGUGGAAUGGGUCAUGGUGUGAUGUCACAUGACCCAGAUGAUCAUAAGAAGUCACCUGUAACUGAUGAUGCCUGGGAUCGCCCAUUCAAAUGCGAUCAGUGUGAUAGGACCUACCGCCACCAUGGCAGCCUGGUUAAUCACAAGAAAUGUCACCAGGAGGGGGCGUUCAAGUGCACCGUCUGUUACAAGCAGUUCAACAACCUGGCUGCUCUCAACGGCCAUGAGCGAACCCACUCAAAGUUUAAGACUCCUGGAGCAUCGAUGGUUAACAACAACAUACAUGAUUCUGUGACUGAUCAGCGUCCGUCUGCUCCCCAAACCGAUGAUGCGUCUAACUGCUUCUGCCACCUGUGCCAGGUAGCUUUGCCCAACAAGAGUGACUUCCAGGAGCACAUCCUAUUGCAUAAUGCAGCCUCCUCUUCACUGGGUCUUGCCCGUAGUUUCCCUGGGAUAAUGCCGCACAAUCUCAGCGCUGUCCGCUCCCCAGCAUACACACCUGCCCUGGGUGACCCUCUGCCGCUUCCUCAUUUGCCAAAUGAUAAACGUGGCCCCUUUGACCCAAUGCUUGGCCCUCCUGUCAAUAACCCCAUUUACACUUGUGCAUACUGUGGGGCUGGGCAUCCUGACCUGGAGAGUCUCAAAGUUCAUUACCUGACCCAUGACCCCCACCCAGGCUCCCAUGGUCAGGAUGGUGUCCUGAACACUGAUGGGAUUGGCUCUAACUCCAACCCAUCUCCAUCUGGAGAGAGAGCGCAAUCUUCUUCUGAUGAUGGUGAACGUCGUUUCAAGUGUCAGGAUUGUGGGAAAAGCUACCGCCAUGCUGGAAGCCUGGUCAACCACAAGCGCUCCCACCAGACUGGCCUCUACCAGUGCACCAUCUGCUGCAAGCAGUAUCCGCAUUUGGCUGCCUUGCAUAGCCACCUCCGCAGCCAUAAGGGAAGAACAUCCAACCAAUCAUCCCUCAACACUGAAGGCGACUGGCUCUCCUCGGAACCCCUGACACUUGACUCUCAGAAUAGUUAUGUGCAGGAGGGGAGCGGCGCAACCACCCCUAUCUCCCUCCCUGGAAAUCUUGGUGACGCUGCUCACUUUGUACCUGAUGGUGGCCACAGCAGUGGUUUGGAUUCACUGGAGUUCCAUGAUCGAUUUGAUGGCUCCCUUGCCCAGAGCAACUCUGGGCACUCCCCUCUUCCCCAGAACCACCGCCAGGCUGACAGACAUAUGUGCACUGACUGUGGAGAAAUGUAUGGGGACAUCUCUGGCAUCAAGUCUCACAUGUGCCCCCAACGGCGACAGAACCAGGGGAUGUCCAAUGGAUUCAUGGGAAACAUGAGUAGCUACAACAGUCCUGGAGGCGCUGCUCUCCCUUCAGGUGGAGGAAAUGUGAAAGAGAGCAAUGGACAGCGCUCUCAGUAUGGUUCUCAGUCCCAUGCCCAAGGAGGGGGGAAAAGGAUGAAUAAAGAAGAUGAAGAUGAUGGUGAAGUGUACCAGUGCUCGGUGUGUGGGAACCAUUAUGCCAGCCUCAGGGCCCUGAGGAGCCAUCUGCGCAGCCAUGCUAACAAUCCCACAGGGCCUGGGACUUCAGCGCUUUCUCCUAACGGUGAGGCAGAUUGGAGGAUUAUCUGCAGCACCUGUGGCCAGAGCUUCUCCAGAAAGCAAGACCUGUUAAACCACCAACUGAUUCAUGGGCCACAAAGGUCCGAUGCAGCCGCGCAGAGCAUGGGGGCCGAUCCUACAAAUACUAAUGGCAAAAUGGAUGGUGAUGGGAGGAAUCACAUUUGCGUUGACUGUGGCAUGUUCUUUGCUGAUCGCCAUCACCUGAUCACUCACCUGUGUCCUGGAAAGGGAAGAGGAGGAGUGCUGAGCAAAGAAGGAUUGAAUGGCGCUAAAGGGAUGGCUGGCGGAGAUGGAGUUAGUGGCGGUGGAGUUGGAGGACCUGGGGGCAGUCGUGAUAUGGGAGGACAGGACCGUAGACAACAGAUGCCAGAUUCGGAGGAUCGACCCCACAAAUGUGACCAGUGUGGCAGGGGCUACAGGCACCCUUGCUCCCUGCUCAACCACAAGAAAUCUCACAAGACCGGAGUCUUCAGAUGCCUUGUCUGCCAGAAGCGCUACUACAACCUGCUGGCCCUUAAGAACCACCAGAGGACCCACUUUGAUUUAAAAAGCAAGGCUGCCGCUGGCACAGGGAGAAGCGGUCCCCAAGUGGCACCCGAUUCCGAAACGAUGGCUUUACUUGAAUGGCACAAGUGUGAGGAGUGUGGGAAGGCCUUCAAGAUCCAGAAGCAGCUGGAAAACCACCUUCGGCUCCAUGAAGAACACAGAGCAAAGGCUCACGCCCAGCUCGCAAAACUAGGCAAUGGGAGGUAUCAAGGAGGACCCUCUGGCAUGCAGGCCAUGAGAGGAGAAUCGUCCAAAUCCCAGAACCCUGGCAUGGGGGAAGUCAAGUAUGGACAACAACAACAAGGCUUCAAGCAACCCUACUCAGAAGCUGGUACUUCAAGGGCUCAGAAUUUUGAUCUACAAGAAGGGGGACGAAGACCCUUCGCCUGUGAUGAGUGCGGACGGAGCUAUCGUCAUGCAGGCAGCUUGGCCAAUCACAAGAAUCUUCACAAAAUUGGCGAGUAUCACUGCAAUGUCUGCAACUCCACUUACCCCAACCGCCUGGCCAUGAAAAACCAUCUGCGUCUUCAUUUUGCCCUCAAGAAGCACACUUGCCAGGAAUGUGGCAAAGGAUUCCGUACCCAAAAGCAGCUGACCACCCACCACUCUGCACAGCUCUGCAAGGGGGCUGCAGGAGCUGUUGCUCAAAUGGAUUACGAGUGUGAUGGGUGCUGCGAGGGUUUUGCUACUGCAGACGAGCUGGCUGCACAUGACUGCCCUGCUCAGCAGCUCCCUUCGUCCUCGGCCUCCCUCAACAGCUCAAGCCUCAGCAUUGAUGGGGCUGACCUUGUGCCAGAUGAACGCCCCUACAGCUGUGAUAUCUGCAACUGCUCUUACAAACAUGCCAGCAGCUUGCUGAACCACAAGCACACACACAAGACGGGCACUUUUACAUGCACCUACUGCGACAAGCCGUACUCCAACUACAUGGCGCUGCGCAACCACAUGCGCAUCCACACGCAGAAGAAGAGGCACAUCUGCCACCACUGCGGGAAAGCGUUCCGGCUAGCCAGAUUCCUCCGCAAUCACCAGAAGGUCCAUGAGGAGGGCCACACACGCUUUGGCUGCACCAGCUGCGGGAAGAGCUUCCAGGGGAGGUCAGGCCUGGCGAGGCACCGCUGCGGGGAGAACCAGGUAGGCAAGGAGGGCAGGAGGAUGGCCACUGCAAGCACGACAGGGGGAGAAGAGUGCCGGUACACAUGUGACCAGUGUGGCCGCUCCUACGCCCAUGCCAGCUCCCUCCUCAACCACAAAAACACCCACACCGUCGGCAUUUACCACUGUGCCGUGUGCCUCAAGACCUAUUCCAACCUCCUGGCCCUCAAGAACCACCGGCGCAUUCAUUCAGAGAUAAGGCGUCACCGCUGCCCAGAAUGCGGCAAGGCUUUCCGUGUCUCCUCCCAGCUCAACAGCCACCGUCGCGUCCACCUAAAGGAGAGGGAGCUCACUUGUGGCCCCUGCCAGCGCAGCUUCCCCAGCCAGGCCAGCUUCCGGCUCCACCAGGAGAUCUCCCACGGCCAAGCCCCCAGGCCCCCCCAGCAGACACAGGCCAGGGCUGGGGGAGCCUCUAGGGGCACAUCCGGGGGCGGGAGCUCAGGCCUUAGCUGGGGCUCCGGCCUGGAUCUCACGUUGUUGCAGGCCCAAGGACUGGACCCCAAUGGACUACCCAAAAUGAACUCCCUGUCCUUCCAAGGCCCCAGUGGCAGCAGGAGCCGUGGGGCGACGGGGACCAAGUCGCACAUCUGCAACCAGUGCGGCCGCACCUACCUCCACGCCAGCUCCCUCCUUAACCACAAAAACAGUCACAAAACAGGCGCCUACUUCUGUAACUCCUGUCAGAAGGAGUUUCCCAACCUGAUGUCCCUCAAGAACCACCGGCGCAUUCACACUGAGCCCAAACGUUUCCAGUGCCCCGACUGUGGAAAGUCCUUCCGUGUGUCCACCCAGCUCAUCUGCCACAGGCGCAUCCACACCAAGGAAAAGCCCUUUUCCUGCCAGCAGUGCGACAAGCGCUUCUCCAGCAAGUCCAACCUGCGCCACCACCAGAAGGUGCACUGGAGCAGCUCAGCGCCCCCUACCAUGGCCAUGGGCGCUGCCAGCUUCUUGGGUCAUCCACCAAUUGGCGCAGGGAGACCACCCAAGUCGCAUGUCUGCGACCAGUGCGGCCGUGGUUACCGCCAUGCCGGAUCCCUCCAGAACCACAAGAACAUCCACAAGACAGGCGCCUAUUUCUGCAGCUCUUGUCAGAAGGAGUUCUCCAACCUGAUGGCUCUCAAGACCCAUCGGCGCAUCCACACUGAGGUCAAACGCCACCGGUGCUCAGAUUGUGGAAAGGCCUUCCGUGCGCCUAGCCAACUCAUCGUCCACCGGCGCAUUCACACCCAGGAGAAGCCCUUCUCCUGCCAGCAAUGCACCAAACGCUUCUCUAGCAAGUCCAACCUACGUCACCACAUGAAGUUGCAUUGGAGCGGCUCAGCGCCUUCCAGUUUCCUGGGUAAACCGGUAAUUGGUGGGGGGGCCAAGUCGCACGUCUGUGACCAGUGUGGCCGUGCCUACCGCCACGCCAGCUCCCUCCUCAACCACAAGACCAUCCACAAGACUGGCGCUUAUUUCUGCACCUCCUGUCAAAAGGAGUUUCACAACCUGAACGCCCUCAAGAACCACCAGCGCAUCCAUACGGAGACCAAGCGCUACGAGUGCCCGGAGUGCGGAAAGUCCUUCCGUGUGUCCACCCAGCUCAUAAUCCACCGGCGCAUCCACACCAAGGAGAAACCCUUCUCCUGCCAGCAGUGUGACAAGCGCUUCUCCAGCAAGUCCAACCUGCGCCACCACAUGAAGUUGCAUUGGGGCAGCUCAGCGCGCCCUGUGCGCACCAAUGUGUCUGUGGCUGCUACCAGUGCCACCCUCUUGGCUCUGCCUCAGACCCAUAUCUCUACAAAGUAUGGGUGGGGUUGGGGAAAGGGGAAGCAUUGAAAUGCCAAGGUUCUGGAGGUGCCAAAACUUCUCUUCACCCUCCUUCACCACCAUCUCCCUCUUGUUAUAGACUGUGAUUUUCAUAGAGCAGGUUACGUGGUCUAGACACUCAAGGCCCUGCAUGCAACCCCAGACAAGGGGAAAAAGUGGACUUGACAUGGAUGAUAUUUACACUGGUUAGGACACGGGUUGCAAAAUCCUCACCCAUCUGCCUUCAUCCCACCCAAUUAGUUAGCUGUGCUUGCUGCAUUCACUCGGUAGCCUUUGCUAAGGUACAACAACCCUUCCGCCUGCAAUGGUACACCAGGAUUGCUGGUAAAAAAAAACUUCAAUAUUAAGGUUUUGGGAUUGUUCCUUUUUGACUGCUACACAUCAUAACAUCCCAUCUGUUAAUCUUCAAUGAAGCCUUUGCUUGCAAAUAAGAAUUUGUGCUUAACUGACUUGCCUAGAUACAUUUUUUUUUUAAACAUGUGCGGCUUUUGUUGUGUCAUACAGUAUUGAAGAGUAAAUAAUGGAUUUUAAACGUAUCCGCAAUAUGUUGGAUUAAAGAGUAGAUGUACUUUGACAUUUGACAUUGUAAAAAUGUAGUUUUAAUGGUGAAUGUAGUGGUUGGAGAUGUCACAUUUCUGUAAUAUAGAACUGACCUGAGGGUGUAUUGCUCUCUUGUGAGGUUCUAAUUGUUUUCUAACUUGUGUGUUUCUUGCAGCACGAAGAUGAGCUUCAAACCUUUAUUGUUCUGCCGAUGACGACAAUGCUCUUAAUGGGUUGCUACUUUCUGGCAUUUCUGUAUUCCUCCCAUUAUUUCAAAAUGGCUCUUGGCACCAAUAUUUUAAACACUACGCCUAAACCAGCAAGCGCGUAUAGAUGUUUUUUUUACGGAUAAAAGUAAAGAAAUGUCUAUUGUUAGGCCGCUGUCGGCAUUUGGUUUUUAUCAUGUAUCGUAAUUAUGACUGUAUUAUUAACAUUGCAGCUUUUAUAAAUCAUUAUAGUAUGCUUAUUUGUAGCAGCAUUUGUAACAGAAAUGCUAGUUUUAGAAUCUCUCAGUUUAGGAGAAGUGUUGUCACCACCCCUUGUCCUUACACAUACCCCUGACUAUUCAUCAUGUAUGUAUAAUUGACAUGGAGUCAAGGAUGAAGGACUCUGACACAUUAAAUUGACUGUACUUCCUUAAGUUUCCUUUGUACAACAAACAGGGAGCUGCUAUGUGUGUUUUGAUUGCCGUAUGAAGUUUAAGGAAGAUUAAGGAUUAUUGUUGACAUGUUUGCCUUUUGAGUGAUGCCACUGUCUUCCCUCAACUCAGACUGGACACUUCUGUUUCACACACACACACACACACACACAAAAAAGAAAAGAAACUACACUUACAAACAUAACUUGUAAAAGUUUAGCGCAUUUAUUAUGUUCAGUUUGUUACUCUUGUAUUGUAACCUUUGUAUUCAUUCAUUAGUGAGUAUUUCCUUAUACACUUGUGUUAUAUUCAACUAUUCAAAGCUCUGUGUACAUAUUUUACUGGGAGAACUGCUAGUAAGUGAAAUAGUCACAGUGAAUUGAUUUAGUAGUAAUGUGAUAAAACUAGACCACAUUUAUAUUUGAGUUAAACCAAUAAAAAAUAUAUAUAUACAAAAUGGACACUUUUGAACCUAGUUUAGAAAGAAUUGCUUUGAACAAGUAUUAAUUUCAAGUUCUUACUUUGUUUCAAGUAUAUAUGUAAUGCUUACUAUACACUUUUAUAAACUAUGUUUUGAUAAUUAAUUUCUUAACAAAACUUGUCCAUAUUAUUAUCCCUAAUGCUGAGUACUGAAAAUAAAUAGCUGGAAAAAUG